UCACUGCGUUGACUUCUACUUUCCGAAAAUACUGAGAGGGAUCAGUACGAAUUUCCAGAAACAUGGUGUCUCGGAAAGACGACAUUCGCAAGAUUGUACAAAUAUUGCAAUUAUGGUAUAUUUCAUCUGAACUUGCCAUGACAUCUCCAGCCGUAGCUAAGUAUCUCUGGUAUACUAGAAUCAUGAUAAGGAUGGCUGCAAAGAAGAUUUCCAGGAAAUGACUUGCCUAGUACUUUGUGUACAUUCUCCAAAAAUGCAAGUUAUACGGCCAGGUGCAGGUACAUCAAGCAUGGGUAUAUAAAUUGAUAACUGCAUUAUAA